AAAUAAGGUAGACCCUUACCAAUGCAAUCCUGACGUGCUUCACUUACCCGCCUGUUUUUUUUAUUUCCCGAUUAAAACCCUUUUCUUUUCCCAAAAGAUUACGUGCGAAGAGGGGAGCUGGGGAAAAGGAAAAGAAAAGAAAAGAAGAAGAAGAAGAAAUGGGGGUAGAAGAAGGCUGUGUGAUGUGAGGGGAAAUUACGUAGGACAUAAGCCAAAUCCAUUGAUUUCUCUCAGCUGCUUGAGCUGAGUUGUUUGAGUGGUCUGCGAGGACACCCUUGAGCUCGCCGGUUGAACUGCCAGUGUGCAAGCUUGCUUCUUGCCUUUUUCAUGACUAUUUUCUUGCCUUUUCUCUCUAAUUUUUCCUAGCUAUCCUAAUUUCUGAAGAUUUCUUGGAAGAAUUCUCUGGUUCAUUUCUCAGACGGAGAUCUCUAAUUUCUCUGUUUUGUUUACCAAAUCCUGACCAUCCCCAUUAUUUUCUAUUUUUAUCGUGCUUUACCCCUUCUUCCUCCCAUUUUCGUUUUCCAUUUCCCCCUCUUCUUCCCCGCCAUUCCAAGCUGCCACCAGCCUACGCUGUAAAAUCUGUGCUGCUCUGUUCGUCGUCAAAAUUUUCCUCGGGGUUUAUGGGUUCUUGCAGCUCCUAGCUCACUCCGCCGCUCCUAAGAUUUGCUCCUUGCAGCAGAGAAGUUGCAGCCUUUGGAGCAAGAAAUCGUUGGAGGGAGCUGUUGACUUGUAGCUCUGCUCCCGCUCACUUGCUUAGUGUGGAAUGAUGGAGGUGAGGCCGUCUUCGGAGCAAGGGGUGAUGCCGGGAAGGGAGCCGUUCGGGCUGCCGAAAAGCCCGCCGACGCCGCCGUCCUCCGGAGGGCCGCCGCAGAGCCUGCGCAUGGCGUUCACGACGGACGGCACCCCCGUGUUCGCCCCGGUGAGCUCCGCGCCGCCAGCGACGGCGACGUACCAGCCCUUUGGCGGCGCGGCUGCUACGAGCUUGGCUGGCGCAGGAGGCAAUGGCGGGGCGCCGGUGCACCCGCCGGGUGGCGCCGGUGAGCCGGUGGCCAAGAAGAAGCGUGGUCGGCCAAGGAAGUACGGCCCCGACGGCUCCAUGUCGCUGGCAUUGGUGCACACGUCCAUGGCGGCGGCGCCGGGGUCGGCGGCUCCCGGCGCCUCCGGGCCUUUCUCGCCUGAAGGGGCCAAGACGCCGAGCACUGCGCCGUCAGCGUCGCCGGACGGCGCGAAGAAGCGGGGCCGGCCGAAGGGCUCCACCAACAAGAAGCACGUGCCUGCUCUUGGCUCAGCAGGGGCUGGAUUCACACCUCAUGUUAUUUUUGUUAAAGCCGGUGAGGACGUAUCAGCAAAGAUCAUGUCGUUCUCUCAGCACGGGACGCGCGCGGUCUGCAUCCUUUCAGCAAACGGCGCCAUAUCAAAUGUGACACUUCGGCAGUCUGCUACCUCCGGUGGAACAGUGACAUACGAGGGCCGGUUCGAGAUACUGUCCCUGUCCGGGUCGUUCCUUCUGUCAGAGAACGGCGGCCAUCGCAGUCGGACUGGUGGGCUCAGCGUUUCGCUAGCAGGGCCUGAUGGCCGUGUCCUGGGUGGUAGUGUUGCCGGACUACUGACAGCUGCUUCACCAGUACAGAUCGUAGCGGGGAGCUUCAACACCGAUGGAAAGAAGGAGCCGCCGAAGCAGCAGCAGCAGCAGCAGCAGCAGCAGCAGCUUGCUCCGUCACCGUCAGACCCAUCGCCGGCGCCGCUGAAGGUCACGCCGGCGGCGCCCAGCAGCCCGCCGUCCAGAGGAACAAUGAGCCUGAGCGAGUCAUCCGGCGGCCCACCGAGCCCGCCGCACGGCGGGGCCAGCGGCGGCGGCAGCCACGGGCAGCAGCAGUCGGGGGGCUUCUCCGGCCUGUCCUGGAAAUGACCCACGACGCGGCCACGCGGCAUCAGUGACCCGACUCCGUCUGACCAGUCUCUAUUUACUAGCGUGAUGCACUGAUGCGUGGAGGACUGAAGCAAGCUCAGGGAGGAGACGAAAAACUUGUAGCCUUUGUAGGUGGUGUCAUCAGACAGACUCUGUAGCUCUUGCUGUUAGGUGUUGUUGAUCGUAGGGUCGUUGCUUAUUGUCGUCUGGGUGCCGUGUACUGAACCUGUGCCGUUUAUGCUAUGCGAUUAUGCAGCAUGUUGGAAGUCCAUGGUUUCUAUGUUGCGUUUUGACUUGGCGCACGUCAUUUCUCCACCUUUGGGUGAAGAAGAAGAAUGGAUCACUCCAUGUUGUCUAUUUUUCCUCAAACAGCUUUAGCUCUUCCUGUAGAAUGAUUUUCGUGUAAAACUGGAUAAUCCUAUUGGGAUGACUCUGAAUCUGAAACCUUUUGCUCGGAUA